UCAAGACAUUCUUAUUGCUCGUAUUGGGGAUAUCGUGUUUCUAUUUAUAUUCCUAUAUACCCAAUUUCUGCAAGUUUUCAAUUCCAGUUAAAAGCGAAAAUCAUCUGACAUUUCCAACAACUCUAAUUACAACAACUAAGGCGCCAAAAUGGAGUAAUAUUUGGCCAAGAGUUGAUUUAUUAAACUGCAGUCACAGAGAAUAUAUGAAUAAAGGUGUCAAUUCGCCGAGAGUAAUAAAAAACGUACGUUUCCUACGAACUGGACUAGUCAGUGCACCCGGAAGUGGAAAUACGUGGAUAAGAUUUUUGAUCGAACAAGCAACGGGGUUGUGGACAGGAAGUGUUUUCUCUGACAAGAGUCUUUAUCAAGGAGGUCUGGAGGGUGAAAUAGAACAAUGUCACAAGAACAGUACAGUAAUUAUUAAAGCUCAUCAUUCAGGUCAGGAUGAAAGAAGCAAUUGUACAUUUGAAAGAAUAGUUUUGGUUGUCAGAGAUUUACAUCGUUGUUUGCUGGCUGAAUUUAACCGCCAAAUUUCGAAGUCUCAUGUUGGAGUUGUCAAUGAAACAUUACUACAUUCAGAAGCAUGGACAAAAUUCAUUCAGCAAAAUUCUUAUGGAUCAGCGAACAUUAACGUGAAUUGGAUAUCACGGUUUAUUGAGAAGACCAAAAAGCUGAAAGAAAAUGAUGACCCUUUUACACUUCCUGCAAAUUAUUGGAAAACGUUAUUGCUGGUUUCAUAUGAAAGAAUGAAACAAGAUCCGAUGAAUGAACUGGAAAGAAUUUUAAAAUUCAUUGGAGUUCCUGUAUUCAGAGAAUAUUGUUUAAAAAAAAAUCCGAAUGGGGAAUUUCGAAGAGGAAAAGUUAAAUCAGCUGAAUCAAUUGCAUGCUUGUACGAUCAACCUCAGUUGAAGACGAAAAUGGAUCUAACCAUUCAGUAUUUAAUGAAAUCAUCAAAAAAGCUUGGAGCGGGAAACAUCAUUGCUAAUUUUGAAAGAAUCGAGAAUAUAGAUACAAAUGAAAAAUGCAUACCCAGUGAACUAUAGGACGUCGUCUUAAUAAUCAUAUCAGAUUUGUUGUCUACUUUCGGUCCGAAAUUUUUUAAAUCCGAACGAGAAACUGGAAUACAAAUCAAGUACAGAAUGAGCACAGAGUACAGAAAACAACCCUAAAGGCGACGUUCAUCUUACUUGCUAUACUAUUAGCAAUUUAUUUUCAAUAAGAAUUUGAAUUAGAUGUGAUGCAGAAUUUAAUUUAUUGUGUCUUACAUUAAUAUUUGAAAAACAACAUAUAGUAGGAUAGUUUGGGAUAUAAUUAUCCCUGUCAUUUUCAGUCUUAAACAAAGCUUGAUAUCGCUGAAUAUAUACUUAAUUCGAAUACAGAGCA